UUUUCCUUUGAGGAGGUGGCCAUGUAUUUUACCCCGGCCGAGUGGGCCCUGCUGAAUCCAGGCCAAAGAGCUCUCCACUGGGAAGUCAUGCUGGAAAACUAUGGAAGCGUGGCCUUUCUGGUUGAAGAAGCCGGGAAUAUCAGAAAGAGUAUGGCGGAGACAGACAAAGGCCUCAUAUCUGAAGAAUGGCUGCAGAAUUUCUCCAGAAGGUCUCAAGAGACUGUUUCCUUCCCAAAUGAACUGGCUGCAGCAGCAGGUGUAGAGCAGACAGCUGGGGAAUUCCAGGAGUUCUCUUUGGGAAAAGUCAAGAAUGAAGAUGCUGAAGGAUACUUCAGAGGUGGAGAUAGACCACAGUGGCAGGAAGGAAGCCGUGCUGCAGAAGGUGUAGAGGAGACAGCUGGGGAAUUCCAGGGGUUCGCUUGGGGAAAAGCCAAGAAUGAAGAUGCUGAAGCAGACUUGGGAGACGGAGAUGGACCACAGCUGCAGGAGGGAAGCCGCGCAGAUAAGAGGAGGGCCAGGGACGAUCACAGGGAUGAGGAGGAUGAGAAACUGCAUCCUCUGUCACCUGAAGAAGUUGAAAAUGAAGACUUGAGAGGCAAUUUUCAAAAUCAAGGUGGACUGAAGAAGCACAAAAUAAGCCACAUGGUCAUGAAGAGGAGACAACCCAUUCCUUCCCAAGGGGGGGAUCUCCAAGUAGCAAUUCAUGUGGUGAAGGAAAUAUACAAGUGCUUGGGUUGUGGAAUGCACUUUUCAGAUCAAUCCCAAUAUAAUGCCCACUUACGGGUGCAUAGUGGAGAGGAGACCCAUCAAGGCCUGGAGCGUGGAAAGACCAUGAUUCACGGAGGAGAGCCCUUUAGACUUCUAAGAACACAAACAGGAGAGAAAACUUAUAGCUGCUCAGACUAUGGGAAGAGCUUCUCAGAGAAACCAGACCUUGUCCAACACCAAAGGAUUUACUCAGGAGAGAAACUCUUUAUUCCUUCAGAGACUGGAAUGGCAUUCUCUGAAGGAGGAAAAAGUAAUAUACAUUUUCCAAAGCGCAGUAUAAUGAAGGCAUGUAAAUGCAUUCAGUGCAAAAAGUACUUUAGAUACAGAUCACAGCUCCUUUUGCACCAAAAAAUCCACACAGGGGAGAAGCCUUUUGAACGCUCUGACUGUGGGAAGACGUUCAGUCAGAGUAGCAUUCUUCACAAUCACCAAAGAACCCCCAGUGGGGAGAAGCCAUUUGAAUGCUCAGAGUGUGGGAAGAGAUUCAGUCAGAGUAGCACUCUUCAAACUCAUAUGAGAAUCCACACAGGGGAGAAGUCAUUUGAAUGCUCAGAGUGUGGGAAGAGAUUCAGUCAGAGUGGUACUCUUCAAAACCAUCUAAGAACCCACACAGGGGAGAAGCCAUUUCAAUGCUCAGAAUGUGGAAAGAGAUUCAGUCAGAGAGGUAGUCUUCGAAACCAUCUAAGAACACACUCAGGGGAGAAGCCAUUUGAAUGCUCAGAAUGUGGGAAGAGAUUCAGUCAGUAUGGCCAUCUCCAAGAACAUUUAAGAACCCACACAGGAGAGAAGACUUUUGAAUGUUCAGAGUGUGGGAAGAGAUUCAGUAACAACAGCUAUCUUCAAAGGCAUCAAAGAACCCACACAGGGGAGAAGCCAUUUGAAUGCUCAGAAUGUGGGAAGAGAUUCAGUCUGAAUGGCAAUCUUCAAAACCAUCUAAGAACCCACACAGGUGAGAAGCCGUUUGAAUGCUCAGAGUGUGGGAAGAGAUUCAGUCGCAGUAGCUAUCUUAAGGAACAUCUAAGAACCCACUCAGGGGAGAAACGUUUUCAGUGUUCAGAGUGUGGGAAGCAAUUCAGUGACAUAAGCUGCCUUCAGAAGCAUCAAAGAACCCACACAGGGGAGAAGCCUUUUGAAUGCUCCAACUGUGGGAAGAGAUUCAGUCAGAUUGGCCAUCUUCAAGUCCAUCAAAGAAUCCACACAGGGGAGAAGCCAUUUGAAUGCUCAGAGUGUGGGAAGAGAUUCAGUCGUAGUUGCACUCUUCAAGAUCAUCUAAGAACCCACACAGGGGAGAAGAAUUUUGAAUGCUCAGAGUGUGGGAAGAGAUUCAGUCAUAGUAGCACUCUUCAAAGACAUCUAAGAACCCACACAGGGGAGAAGCCUUUUGAAUGUUCAGAGUGUGGGAAGAGAUUCAGUUGCAGUAGCAAUCUUCAAACCCAUCUUCGAACCCACACAGGGGAGAAGCCUUUUGAAUGUUCAGAAUGCAGGAAGAGAUUCAGUGACAGUAGCGCUCUUCAAGAACAUCUAAGAACCCACACAGGGGAGAAACCUUUUGAAUGCUCAGAGUGCAGGAAGAGAUUCAGUCACAAUAGGACUCUUCAAAACCAUCUGAGAACCCACACAGGAGUGCUGCCUCCUCAGACAAGAUAAAACAUCCAUGAUGGUGAAAGAAAUGGUUUGAUUACAGCUCCAUAAGAACAAACAGGGCUUUUUUUGUUGCAGGAACUCCUUUGUAUAUUAAGCCACACACCCCUGAUGUAGCCAAUCCUCCCAGAGCUUACAGUAGGUCCUGUAAUAAGAGCCCUGUAAGCUCUUGGAGGAUUGGCUACAUCAGACAGGUGUGGCUUAAUAUGCAAAGGAGUUCCUGCUACAAAAAAAGCCCUAAGAACAAACAUUGUUACAGCAGCCUGAGAUUCAGUCAGAGUGGCCAUCUUCAGACCCAUUGUCAAGGCCCUAUAUAUUUCUUCCUCUGGAAUCUAUGUGCUAGGCCCCAAACUCCUGCUUCAUUUAGGUGUUUACUGCCCAAAUAAUCUGCCUAUCUGGCAGGGGGAUGUUUACGAUCUAAGGGGAGUCUGUUUAAUCUAUUGAUGUGUGAGAGGCAGUGUUCCUGUGUUCUCAAGGUCCCUUAUCUUAUUCACAUGUCUUUGCUAAUUCUCUUUGUAGUUGGAACUUAGUAUUGUUAUGGUAACCUGUUAACCUUUAGGUUUGAAAAGAACCACCAAUUUUAUAACGGUUGGUGACAUUUUAUAUACCUUUGUAUGUACUUGGUUCUCAGUUCUUUCACGGCCCCGUUCUGUGGAGCACCUCUGAAUCUGAAUAAAUGAAUCUAUUUGCCAAAUAACAAA